CUCCGCCUGGGCCUGGACCAGCUGUGGGUGGUGAGCAGCGGGAAGGAGGCAUCGGGGGAGGAAGAAGAGGCGGAGGCAGGCAGCGAGGAGGACAGCACCUGCCUCCUCUUCAUCUGGCCCACCGGCUCCUGCAUGGCCAAUUUCGGGCUGACCCCAAGCAAGGACCUCCAACGGUGCCGUCGAGCAACGGAGGGGGACUUUGCCGCUCAGCAGGUCGGGCAGCCCAAGGGAGGACGUCAGCUGGAGGAGCAAGGACACCCGCUGGGCAGCGGCCGCUGGACGUGGUUGUGCGGGGACUCGCAGCCUCUGCUGCUGCCCGUGGCUUGGAGGAGGGCAGGGCGAGGGCUGGGAGAAGGGAGCAGCAGCAGCAGGAGGAGGAGGAGGAGGGGGCUGCCCUGGCCCUUUGCUGUGCGGCGGAGCCGGGCCGUUGCCCAGGCGCCAGGGCAGGCGGGCUCCGGCUGCAGCAGGGCGCUCUUUGGGCAGCCCCUGACAGCCCUCUGCGGGGAGGACGGCACGCUGCCCCAGCCCAUCCAGGAGCUGCUGGCUGUCCUGCAGCGGGAAGGGCCGUCGACGGAGGGGAUAUUCCACCAAGCUGCCAGCGGGACAGCGCUUCGGGAGCUGCGGGAGGCCCUGGACCACGGCGCGGACGUCGACAUGGGAAGCCAGCCUGCGCUGCUGCUGGCCGGCAACUUCUUGCGAAGCAUCCCCAGCAAGCUCCUCGUGAACGACCUCUACGAGGACUGGAUGGCAGCCAUGCAGAAGGCCAGCAAGGAGGAGAAGGCGGAAGCGCUGAAAGCGGUGGCCGAGAAGUUGCCUGCGGCCAAUCUGCUCCUCCUGAAGCGGCUGCUGUGCCUCCUGCAGCACAUCGGCCACAACGCCGCCAGCAACAGGAUGAGCUGCAGCAACCUGGCCAUCUGCGUCGGGCCUAACCUGCUGAGCCCGCCCAACGAGGAGCU